GAUAAGGCUGUUGCUAUGGUGAUGAAGGAGAUUCCGAGGGAUGAGGCUGCAGAGGAAAAGCCCCUCCUCACUAUGGCGUCACAGCUAGUGAACGAGCAACAAGAAAGCAGACCCCUUCUGAGUCCCUCCAUUGAUGACUUUCUCUGUGAAACUAAACAAGAAGCUGUUGCAAGGCCUGUAACUUCAAAUACUGCAGUAUUAUCAACAGGUCUGGAUCUCUUGGAUCUUAGUGAACCUGCCUUACAAACCCAAAACAAAGCAAAGAAAUCAGAGAAUCCAUCAAGAGGUGAAGGCUUAAAAACUUCAGCCCACAGAAAGAAGACAGACAAUUCUGACCUUAUCAGUGUGGAUACUGAACAGAAAGUUCAGACUGUCAGAGUUUCAGACAAGUCUUCACUAGAUUUAGUUGAUAUUCAGACACAGAUUGAGAAAUGGGAUGAUGUCAAUUUUCCUGGAGACAGGAACUGCAAGGUCCAUCCUUCUGCAGAACGAACAUCAUCAUCAUCAUCUAGAGCUCAAUCAAAAGAGCUUUUAUGGUCCACAGAAAAUAGAUCGCAGUCUGAGCUGACUAAUGUCAAGAGCGCUUUCGACACUGAUUCAACAUCAGAACUAGAAGUAGCACCUGCAGUACAGGUGCGAUCAACUAAGGAGCAGCGUUGGGGAGGGCCUCUUCUCUCAAGAAAUCACUCAUUGGAAGAGGAAUUUGAAAGAGCUAAGGCAGCUGUGGAGUCAGACACAGAGUUUUGGGAUAAAAUGCAAGCAGAAUGGGAAGAAAUGGCUCGCAGGAACUGGAUUUCAGAGAACCAAGAAGCACCAGGGCAAGUCACCAUCUCUACCAUUGAGAAGGGAUAUUAUUUCCAUACAGAAAAUCCUUUCAAAGACUGGCCAGGUGCUUUUGAGGAAGGACUGAAAAAAAUGAAAGAAGGUGAUCUGCCCGUUACAAUCCUGUACCUGGAGGCUGCUAUUCUACAAGAGCCCAAUGAUGCAGAGGCCUGGCAGUUCCUGGGCAUAACACAGGCAGAGAAUGAAAAUGAGCAAGCAGCCAUUGUCGCACUCCAAAGGUGCUUGGAACUGCAGCCAAACAACCUAAAAGCUCUGAUGGCACUGGCUGUAAGUUAUACUAACACAGGUCACCAACAGGAAGCCUACCAAGCUCUACGAAACUGGAUAAAGCUAAAUCCAAAGUACAAGUACAUAGCGAAAAGCAAAAAAGGGUCCCCAGCACUUACCAGGAGAAUGUCUAAGACGUCAGAAGAAAGCUCAUUACUUGAAGAAGUAAAGGAUUUAUACCUGGAGGCUGCUCACCAGAAUGGUGACGUGAUAGACCCUGACUUGCAGACAGGACUUGGAGUUCUUUUCCACCUGAAUGGAGAAUUUAACCGAGCAAUAGAUGCAUUUAGUGCUGCUUUAACUGUUCGGCCAGAGGACUACACGUUAUGGAACCGUCUUGGAGCAACCCUGGCAAAUGGGGAUCGAAGCGAAGAAGCUGUUGAGGCUUACACACGUGCUUUAGAAAUACAACCUGGCUUCAUUAGGUCCAGGUACAAUUUAGGCAUAAGCUGCAUCAACUUAGGAGCAUACAGAGAGGCUGUCAGCAAUUUUCUCACGGCUCUCAGUUUGCAAAGGAAAAGCAGGAAUCAACAGCAGGUGCCCCAUCCUGUUCUGUCAGGCAAUAUUUGGGCAGCACUUAGAAUUGCUUUGUCUAUGAUGGACCAGCCAGAACUAUUUCAAGCUGCCAAUGUGGGCGACCUAGACAUUCUAUUAAGAGCUUUUAAUCUAGAGCCGUAA